CUAGCCGUUGGGGGUGUUCUGUUUUCUGUUCCAAAAGGAGGCGGAGCUUGAAUUCCAAACUGGAAUGAGUUUCCUCCCGAUACGUCACACUGGGAUAGGCUGUGAUCUACCGAGAAACACUGUCAGUCAACGGGGUUUCGUGCUGAGUACCUUGGAGUCUUUGGGACGGGUCCCCCAAGCAAGAGAAAGUAGCCUUGCCCAUCGCGGCUUUAGGCUCUGGGAUUAAAGUGAUCGGCAGUCCCACAGCUUUCGUCGAAACUGCCAGUAGGGGAUUCAUGCUGUGUUGGUUAGCUAAAUGCGGUACGAAGCUAAAAUGAUGCCGAUGUUCCUGACAGUAUACCUCAGUAACAAUGACCAGCAUUUUACUGAGGUCCCCGUUACCCCGGAGACACUGUGCCGAGACGUGGUGGAGUUGUGCAAGGAGCCGGGGGAGGCAGACUGUCACCUGUCCGAGAUGUGGCGUGGAUCUGAGCGAGCUGUAGGUGAUGGGGAGAGGAUGCUGGAUGUGCUCCAACGAUGGGGACAACACAGGGCAGAGGUGCGCUUCUUUCUGCGUCACAAUCGAGCCCCGAGCAGGGAAUCGGGUGGCUCAAGAGGCUCAGAGCAGAAGAGGAAUGGAGUGAAGGCACCACCAGAUAGAAGAAUGGAGAAUGGGGUGACGACACCCCGGAUGGACAUGACGCUGACCGAACUACAAGAGAUGGCUGCCAGACAGCAGCAGCAAAUAGAUACUCAACAACAGCUCCUUGCUUCCAAGGAGCAGCGGCUGCGCUACUUGAAGCAGCAGGAGCAGCGUCAGCAGCAGCAGGCGUCUGAGCAGGAGAAGCUGCAGCGCCUCCGAGAGAACAUCGAGAACCAGGAAACUCGGCUCAAGAAGGUCCGGGCCCUCAAGGGCCAGGUGGAGCAUAAGCGCCUCAGUAAUGGCAAACUGGUGGAGGAGAUAGAGCAGAUGAACAACCUGUUCCAGCAGAAGCAGAGAGAACUAGUGAUGGCUGCUUCCAAGGUGGAGGAGCUCGGCCGACAGCUGGAGUUGCUCAAAAAUGGCAAAAUGGACAACUUCAAUGACAACCAGAGCUCUGUGGCCGAACUAGACCGCCUCUACAAGGAGCUACAGCUGAGGAACAAGCUCAACCAGGAUCAAAACUCUAAGUUGCAGCACCAGAGAGAGGGCCUGAACAAGCGUAACCUGGAGGUGGCUGCCAUGGACAAACGGAUCAUUGAGCUCCGAGAUCGGCUGUGGAAGAAGAAGGCAGCGCUGCAGCAGAAGGAGAACUUGCCUCCUCAGAUUCCCUGGCAUUCAGAGCUCACCCAUUCCAACAAUGGCUAUCCUGGUAAAGAGAGGGCUUCAAAAGACACUCAUCUUCAGGUGCCCUCAGAUGGCCAAGCUGGACAGCAGUCGGGUCCGUCUCGUGUGGCGGCGGUCGGCCCAUACAUUCAGUCGUCCACCAUGCCCAGGGGCCCAGUGAGGCACGACCUGCUCGUAAAACCAGCGUACCCGGACGGCACUGCCACCCUUCCAGCCCAAGACCCACAGAGCAAGACCGGCACAGUAGGAGCAGAGGAGUCUGGGACACCUGCUGGUUGCGAUGUCACUCUAAGUUCAGAAGAAGCCAUGUUCUUGCUUAAGCCAUUGAAAGAGCUGCGGGCUAAGAGACAAGCAGGUCCCACAGGUCUUCAGCCAUCCAAGCUGGCAGACUGGGGCUCUUCAGGUCCAGAAUCCAACACCAACGGUCAUGGUCCAUCUUCAACACUGCCCCGAAUGACCUCUCACUCCAACUCUAACGCAGAACAAGAUGAGACGGAAAUGAGGAGGGACAGGAAGGUGCGUCCAUUUUCCAUGUUCGAGCCAACGGAGGCUCCCGCCACAUCCCUCCGCAAAAACCAGAGCAGUGAUGACCUGGUCAGGGACGCUCAGUCUGCUCACAAAGCUCCAGUCAAGGUGCCUCCUCCUGUUCCCACAAAACCAAAAGGCCCUAGUGUCAUGCCGUACGGCAAGCCAGGUCUCAACACAGGCACCUUCCCCAAAGCCAAACCCCACAGCCAGCAGCCCCAGCCUGCCCAGGGCCGCAACCCACUCCCACCUUCACAGAGCCAGACACUGCCCCUACCGUCCAAGCAGGACACUCCACCUGCGGCCACGGUGCGGCCCUUCACCCCAGAGCUGCCCUCCUCCAAAGACGCCAAUCUGACUAAGCCCCAGACUUUAGCGGCCAGCUCCAUUUACUCCAUGUACACGCAGCAGGCCGGCUCAGCGAAGCCUUUCCACCAGCCUAGUGGAGUGCUUGGCGCUCUCAACAGGUCUCAGAGUCGCACCAAUGGAUUUGUCAGUGUGUACGGUAAACCAGUGAUCCCCGGUGGAGGCUCCAUGCAUCCAGAGAACCCUUACAUGGACCGCCGCUCCCCUGCCCUAGAAUCUGAGGUUGAUCAAAAUGGAGCCUACAACGUAGGUCCCAGUCCGUCUGAGGGCCCCCAACCAGAAACAGAGCGCAUCCCCCGGCCCCUCAGCCCCACCAAGCUGCUCCCCUUCAUUUCCAACCCCUACAGGCAUCAGAAUGAUGGUGACCUGGAAGCCCUGAGAAAGAAGCUUUACAACGCCCCCAGGCCGCUGAAGAAACGCAGCUCCAUUACUGAACCAGAGGGUCCUGCAGGGCCUAACAUUCAGAAACUACUCUACCAGAAGACCACACUGGCAGCUAUGGAGACUGUGACUACACCAACCACUCCCACCUACGCUGGUGAGGCAGAGAAGUCGGCGGACGGAUCCAUGGGGCCGCAUGUUCCUCUGAGUGAUGCAGAGAACCACUCAUCUGAGACGGGACAGACUCUGGAGGGAGGACAUCGCCCAUCUCGCAUCCCAGGUGCUAAAGCCCCCGUACCAGCUCCUGAUGAACAGACCAAAACACCUUCAGUCAUCCCACAGAGCGAGGACAUUAUCCCCCCUCCUCCCCCAUCCCACCCAGCCCCCAGGCCAGAUGACGAUCAUUUCCCACCACCACCAACUGACAAAAUGGCCAACCUGCCCCCUCCACCUCCAGAAGGCUUCCUUGAAGAGUUCCCCCCCUACCCACCACCCCCAUACCCCAGUGGAGCAGAGCAGGACAGCUUGGGAGAGGACACCUUUAACAUGAAGGCGCCUGAGGUCACUGGCCAGGUUACUCUUCCACCGGGGAAGAGGACCAACUUGCGCAAGCUCGGCUCUCAACGCAUCGAUCACGACAUGAGAGUGAAGUUCAACCCACUGGCUCUGCUGCUGGACUCUUCUCUGGAGGGAGAGUUUGACCUGGUCCAGAGAAUCAUCUAUGAAGUGGAGGAUCCCAGUCUGCCCAACGAUGAAGGCAUCACUGCUCUACACAAUGCUGUCUGUGCUGGACAUACAGAGAUUGUCAAGUUUCUGGUUCAGUUUGGUGUCAACGUCAAUGCUGCUGACAGUGACGGCUGGACACCUCUUCACUGUGCUGCGUCCUGCAACAAUGUGCAAGUGUGCAAGUUCCUGGUGGAGUCUGGUGCAGCAGUGUUUGCUAUGACUUACAGCGACAUGCAAACGGCAGCUGAUAAAUGUGAAGAGAUGGAGGAGGGCUAUACCCAGUGUUCUCAGUUCCUCUAUGGCGUGCAAGAGAAGAUGGGCAUCAUGAACAGGGGGGUGGUCUACGGUCUGUGGGAAUACAAUGGUGACAACCCUGAUGAACUGUUGUUCCAUGAGGGAGACUGCAUGACCAUCAUCCGUAGAGAAGACGAGGACGAGAUCGAAUGGUGGUGGGCACGCAUGGGCGACACAGAGGGUUACAUUCCCCGCAACCUCCUUGGGCUCUACCCCAGAAUAAAGCCGAGACAGAGAACGCUGGCUUGAAACACAAAGAUACCUGCACUUUCCAGUCUGCCAGAACUCUCCAAAACACGAACGCACACACACACUCACACACAAACACAGGCUUUAACAUUCUGGGGAAGAGAAGGACACUGCUGAAAAGAAGAGACAAGGACAGACCAAACAAUAUGAAGGAUCAACUUUGACUUUCUGGCACUUUUUUCUGUAUCUACAACAGAGGGACUCUCCCUCACUUAUUUUUCCAGGCCACACUGUGCACCGUGUAAUUAAGGCACUAUUAGCAUUGUUUCUUCUUUAUUCCACUGUUUUUUAGCGUCUGAAACUAUUUCUAAACUGACGAACUCAAAUAUUGGGAUGUAAAUGGAACAAGCAGUAUUUUCUAUUGCUAGACAGUCAUUUUUACACUUUUGAAUAGUCUUUUAAAACUUGUUUUCUGGGCUACUGGUUAUUUUCUAACGCGUGUUAGAAACUCUACAUUGUAUGAGGUGAACGAGUGGAUGAUGAUGAGGAGGAUGAGGAUGAGGAUGAUGAUGAUGAUGAUGAUGAUGAUGAUGAUGAUGAUGCUUUUGAAAUGCUCUGUUACCAUGACAAUCUUUACAAGCUCGUUAUCUGUGUUGAGUGACCUCUGCAUACCUGCGCUGGAGGUGUCAAGUUUCAGUUGUGACCACUGUCCAGGCUAAACAAAUACAAAACGAGAUGAUUGAUGGAAAAAAAUGGUGAUGAAGCUUUUGAUUGAUCUAUUGCUGUUCAUUCUGUGGUUCUAUGAUACCCACAAAGCCAGUCUGCUUUCCUGCAUCGGCACAUGGUUGAGAUGCCAUAGAUACUGUGUAUACAUGUAUUUCUGUCAUAAAAACUAGUGAAAAGUUACCGUAGGAAUUAUAUUGUUAUGAAAAUGGACUUUCAAACUCUUGCCCUGGCCCUUCGACCAGGAAUGGGUUGUCAUACAGUAUGAAUUUAAUAUUUUAUUACAGCCAUUUUAUGACAAUGUAAGGAGGCAAGCGUAAUACCAGAAACCUUGACUUUUUGUAUUAAUCAGUAAGUGAGAUAUUGUGACGUUGGAGACAAUUUCUCAAGUCUAAUCAAUAAAUUUUAAAAAAGAUAUAACUUACGCAAGUGAGUUCCCAAAACUCAUCACAUAUCUCUGUCAUUGCAGAUUGUAUUUAUUUUUGUUACUUUUUUCUUUAGCCCUUUUGUCAGAAUUAUAACCUCAAAUGUACUGUAGUAUUUCAAACAUUUACAAUAAAAUACUUUGUACUAAG